CAUAACCUUCUCACCACUUUGCUUUCAAAGUGUGAAAAUGGCUCACGUACAACAUAAAAUACUACGAAUCUCAACGAUAUAAUUAUUUAAGACUAUAUGCCUAUUAUAUAUUUAAUAUUAAUAAAAACAAGAAUGUGAAAAUGUAAUGCACUCUGGUGUUACAAUCAGAAACUAAACUACAUUCUGACAAGUACUUUACACAAGGCAGGGUCCCUUAGAUGUUCCAAAGCAUUUUAGCCACAUAGUAUAACAUUAUCAAACUCUUUAUCUAAAAAUCGCUGCGAGAAGAACUUGAAGCGAUAACUGUACCGCUCGUAGCACAGUGCGAUAUAGUGUGUCAUUGGGAAACGUUACAUGUAUGAAGUUCAUUGAGUCACAUACGAAUUAAAUGAAUUUAAAAACAUCGAAAAGAUAGUCGAAUAAUAGUUUUUUUUAAUAAAAAAAUUAAAUAAAAGAAAAUUAAAUAUUGAUCGUUACUGUUUAUUCACACGUGACUAAACAAUAUGGCAACCGGUGACAAUAGAAAAGUUGCUCUGAUAACAGGUAUCACCGGGCAAGAUGGUUCUUACUUGGCAGAGUUUUUACUGGAAAAAGGAUAUGAUGUGCAUGGUAUUAUCAGGCGAGCUAGUUCAUUCAAUACUGGCCGCAUUCAGCAUCUUUAUGAAGAUCCAAAAUGUCAUCGUCAAGGUAAAAUGAAAUUGCAUUAUGGUGACAUGACUGAUUCCAGCAGUUUGAUCAAGGUCAUUAGUCAAGUACAGCCAACCGAAAUUUAUAAUCUUGCAGCUCAGAGCCAUGUCAUGGUAAGCUUUGAAGUAAGUGAAUAUACCGCAGAAGUAGACGCAGUAGGAACAGUAAGAUUAUUGGAUGCGAUACGUACAUGUGGCUUAGAAAAGUCUAUAAAAUUUUACCAUGCAUCAACAUCCGAACUUUAUGGUAAAGUGAAUGAAAUUCCGCAAAAUGAGAAAACACCAUUUUACCCACGCUCACCAUAUGCAUGUGCAAAACUGUACAGUUUUUGGAUCGUUGUAAACUAUAGAGAAGCCUACAACAUCUUCGCAUGUAAUGGGAUAUUAUUCAAUCACGAGAGUCCAAGAAGAGGAGAAAACUUUGUCACCAGAAAGAUCACCAGGUCUAUAGCAAAAAUGCAUCUUGGUCUAAUGGAUAUGCUUGAAUUGGGAAAUUUGGAUGCAAAACGUGAUUGGGGCCACGCCAAAGACUAUGUAGAAGCAAUGUGGCUAAUGCUUCAACAAACAGAACCAGACGAUUAUGUUGUAGCAACAGGAGAAAUGCAUAGUGUCAGGGAAUUUGUAGAAGUGGCAUUCAAUUAUGUGGGUCGCACAAUUAAAUGGGAAGGCGAAGGUGUAAAUGAGAUAGGACGGGAUGAACAUUCUGGAAAAAUACUAAUUCGCAUAAACCCAAAAUAUUUCCGUCCAACUGAAGUGGAUAUACUUAUGGGUGAUGCGUCUAAAGCAAGAAACAAAUUUGGUUGGAAACCAACAAUCACAUUUACGGAUCUUGUAAAAGAUAUGAUGGAGUUUGAUUUGGAAUUAAUGCGAAAAAACCCGAAUGCUUAAGAGCAUUGCUUCAAUUGUUGCACAACCAAAUGCAUUUUCAAAAUAUUUUGCUACCAUAAAAUAUCAGUAUUUAAGAGCUAAACAAGUUCAACUUGAAGUCUUAAUAAGACUAUUAGUUUCUAAUGAUAUAUUGUCGAUGCCUGAUACCUGAUGUGGAUCUCAUUUGAGGCCGGAAAUGUAAUUAAAAUUUUGUUAUAAGUAUAAAUGUCGAUUAUUAAUAAAUA